AUGGUGAAGAAAGUCGAGAUUCUUGAAGGAGAUGGCGGCCUUGGAAGCAUAUUACUCUUCAAAUUCUCCCCACAUGUACCUAAGCUGAACUUCCAGAAGGAGAAGAUUGUGGAGUAUGAUGAAUCACUGCAUCAGAUAGCCUUGAGAUACUGGAAGGAGGGCAUCUGGAUCAUGGGCUUACAAGAUAUACAAAUGUUUUGGUGGUCGGUGGCAGUGGCGGUGGUGGUGGCAACGACGACGGUGGUAGUGGUUGUGGCGGCAGUGGUGGUGGUGGUGGGCGGCAAUGGUGGUAGUGGUGGUGGUGGCGGUGGUGGUAGCAGCGGUGGUGGUGGUGGUGGUCAAUGA